AGUUUUGAAAAGGGGGCGAUGCUGUUUCCUCCCUUGCUUGUGUGUGUGUGUGUCUGUGUGCAUGUGAUCUGCUUCAUGGAAUUCCUUCUCAGUUUUUAUCCACCAGCCAAAGCCCCAACGCACAGCGUUACUCGUAACUUUGUGCGGCCAAGCAAGCGUAAACGGCGAUCUGCGCGUCCGCGCUCGAUUUCGUGUCGAAUCGAACGGCCUUUUCUUCCUCAAACGUGAGCAGCGAAAGAGCGUGGUCUGCACAUUAAUUCAACACCAAAAUGUUUGCUACUGCUCCGGUAAUGCGUGGCGCCUCCCAACCCCUCUCCCCGCUCUUGCUCGCAGCCAGCCGGGCCCAAUCGUGGGCCGAUGUCCUUCGUGCGUACAGCCAGUGCCGCACGUAUCUGCACGGCUCCUACCAACCGACCACGGCGGAGUUGCAGUACGGGUUAGCGCAAAUGGACAACGCGUGGGCCCUUUCUCUCUUUUACCACGACAUUGUCAAAAGCGCAGCGCCGUCGGCGACGCCGGACAGCAGUCUCGUCGUGACCCUGCUGCGACGGUACAAGAAACUCAAUUUCAUGAAGGGCCUGAAACGCGUUAUCGAGGAAGACGUUGACAGCGCCACGCUCGACGGCGCCAAAGCCAAAAUCACCCUGGCCUCCUACACUGGGAUGUGGGAGGUGGCUCUUGCGACACUGCUGAGCCAGCCAAAACUGAAGCACAAUCCUCCACUGCGCCGCAGCGUGUUGGCGACACUGUCCGUCAAUAACCAGUGGCGGCUUGCCCUUCAAGUGCUUCGCAUGCCGCCGGCGAUGGAGCUGCGUCCCGCCGUGGUGCGGCCUCUCGUGCGCUGCUUUGGCCGUCUUCGCCAGAGCGACAUGGCGCUUCGCCUCACCGCCGCCUCCCUCGCUGCUGGGUACACCUUUGAUGCCGCGCUGCUUUCUGCGCUGCUCGUGACGCUGCAGGACACCAAUCAGUGGAGGGCCGCGCUGGAGGCCGCGCAGAGCAUGCAGCUCUUCUCCGCCACCCGGGCGGAGGGGCGAAAAAAUUGUCUCCUCUUCAAUCAGCUGGUCAAUUGCUUGUACGACGCGGACCUUUACAGCGACUACACCGUGGACGAGGUGGUGCAGGACGUUUUGAGCCGCAGUAACCCACGAGAAGGAGUAGUGGCUGGAAGAGGACCCAAGGAAAGGCAGUUCCGCCUGCGCCUCCACGCAGAGGUGUUUCAGCACUUUCAAGGCGUCCUGCUGCCUCUCAGCCAACUGUACAGCAAAAUCAUCCGAAUACCCCGGUGGUACUCCCGCAACAUCUUCAACAUCGCGACCACCGCAGUGAAAGAAAACAACGUCGUCAUUGUGAUGGACACCAACUAUCUUUUGCAGCUCGUGUACAAGAAUCUUUCAUCGGAGCACUUCUAUGCCUAUAUGAAGGAGCAGCACCCCGACACAAAAGCGUACAACUUUGCCACCAUUGUGAUCCCCUUCACCGUCCUCCAGGAGGCGUACACCACAAUCUGGGAGGGGAAGAAUCGCUUUUCACUGCCGGUCAAAACGCUCUUAUGGUCCCGCGUCGUUGCCAUCGUGGAGCAGCCGCACGUCUACGCGCUUUCCCUCGCAGGGGAGUUCCCUUCCACCUCCCUCAGCAUCUUUCCCAAGCUGGCGUACAGUAAAAUGUCUGAAAAUGUGGCUGGCUCGUUUCAGCACGACCCCGACCUGCGCAUUCUAAACGUAUGCGUCUCCCUGCAGCAUUACCUACGCGAGAUCAAAAUAAUUGAGAACUUGGGCGGUGUUGUGCCGUUAGAAGGCAUCACGCUUUUUGCCUUGUUGAAGUAUCACGUGCGGCGGUACUGCAAUACUGUGAAGGGGUACUGCGUGGACCGUCUGCUCCUGUGCACGAUGGAUCGACGGAUGUCGCAGGCGGCCGAGCAGCUGGGGAUUCGCGUGUUUCCAAACAUCUCGGACGCUCCAGAGGCUGCCGCGCGUACGUCAGAAUAA